CUCACUUGAGCAAGAGACAGUAAAGAGCGCCGACUCAGAGGCGCGGGCGCGGCAGCCAAUCAGGAGCGCGAGAACGCGUCAGUGGCUGCGUGCGGCGCCACCCCGCACACCUUCCACACCUUCUCCCUCCUUCUCCCUCUCGUGGCCUCUCCCGGAUCCCCUUUGCGAUAUUCUUCUGGUUUGUGGCAUCUACGUGGCGAACAUGGCGAACCCCUACACGAGAGCACCAUCACUGGCAGGCCUCGGCUCGUCGAAAUCUCUUCAUGAUAAAGAUCCUUUCUAUGGAUGGCUACCUAGGCAUGUUAUCGCGAAGCAGGUGACAAAAGCAAUGCAAGGGGAUGUCAAUCCGUUUACGAAGCAGCCGCACUCCGCCCAAUACAAGAAACUUCUCGAGACGCGCAAAAAGCUGCCAGUGUUCACGCAGAUGCACGAGUUUCUGAACAUGUUCAGCACAAACCAAAUCAUAGUUGUGGUGGGCGAGACCGGUUCGGGAAAGACGACACAGAUUCCGCAGUUCGUUUGCUACUCCGACUUGCCUCACACCAAGGGCAAGCUCGUGGCGUGUACGCAGCCUCGUCGAGCCGCCGCUAUGUUCGUAGAAAAGCGAGUGGCAGAUGAGAUGGACGUACCAUUGGGGAAGCAGGUCGGAUACGCGAUUCAAUUUGAAGACAUGACAGAGCCAGGAACGACCUUCUUGAAGUACAUGUCGGAUGACCUGCUGCUCCGGGAGGCGAUGAACGACCCAGAACUAACGCAAUACUCCACCAUCAUCCUGGACGAGGCCCAUGAACGCACCAUUGCAACGGAUAUUCUCAUGGGUUUGCUGAAGGCGCUGGCAAAACGCCGCACCGAUCUGAAGAUCAUAGUCAUGUCUGCGACCCUUGACGCCCUCAAGUUCCAGAAGUACUUCUCUGUGAACAAGGACGGCGAACCGGCACCCUUGUUCAAGAUUCACGGCCGAACGCACCCUGUCGAGGUUCUCUAUACGCAGGACCCGGAGCCAGACUACGUCGAGGCCGCGAUACGUACCGUGCUCAUGAUCCACCGCGCAGAGGAGCCAGGCGACAUCCUCCUGUUCCUGACAGGCGAGGAAGAGAUCGAAGAUUCGUGCAAGAAGAUCAAGCUCGAGGCGGACGACCUGCUCAACCAGGACCCUGAUAGCGUCGGCCCGCUCAUCUGUAUCCCCCUCUAUUCCUCCCUCCCACCACAGCAGCAGAAACGCAUCUUCGACCCGCCGCCUUCGCCGCGUACACCGGGCGGCCGUCCUGGACGGAAGGUCGUCGUGUCGACCAACAUUGCAGAGACGUCGCUGAAGAUCGACGGGAUCGUCUAUGUCGUCGACCCUGGGUUCUCCCGGCAGAAUGUGUACAACCCGCGGAUACGUGUCGACUCGUUGCUUGUGAGUCCGAUCUCCAAGGCCUCGGCGCAGCAAAGGGCGGGUCGUGCGGGACGAACCCGGCCAGGCAAAUGCUUCAGAUUGUACACCGAGCGAGACUACAUGGAGGAGCUGGAGGAACAAUCACAUCCAGAGAUCCUGCGGAGCAACUUGGGCAACACGGUGCUGCAAUUGAUCAAGCUGGGUAUCAGGGAUCUUGUCAGGUUCGACUAUAUCGACACCCCAGCACCGGAGGCUCUCAUGCGUGCUCUGGAACUGCUCAACUACUUGGCUGCGCUCGAUGACGAAGGCGGCCUGACGCCACUGGGCCACAUGAUGGCAGACUUCCCACUCGACCCGCAAAUGGCUAAGAUGCUUAUUGUCAGCCCUGAAUUCAGAUGCAGCAAUGAGAUCCUCACCAUUGUUGCGAUGCUUUCAGUGCCCAGUAUCUGGGAGCAGCCGCCAAAUCAACGCAGAGAGGCUGACGCUGCCAAGGCCUUGUUGACGGUCCCUGACGGAGACCAUCUGACGCUGAUGAACGUUUACAAUAACUACCAGCAGAACUCGCACGACAGAAACUGGGCGUGGAAGAACUACCUCUCCCAACGUGCACUUCAACAAGCGGAUAAUGUGCGGGCGCAGCUGCAGAGAAACAUGGAGCGCUUCGACAUCGAUAUCGUCACGACAACCGACCCCAAGCGGUUGCACAUGAACGUGCGGCAGGCGCUCGUGUGCGGGUUUUUCAUGCAGGUUGCACACAAGGAGGGAGAGAAGGGCGCGUACAUAACGGUGAAAGACAACCAGGUCGUUAAUCUACAUCCAUCGUGCGGGCUGGACAACCAGCCGGAGUGGGUAAUCUUCAACGAAUUUGUGCUCACGACCAAGCCAUACAUCCGAACGGUGACGGAUCUUCGGCCUGAAUGGUUGUUGAAGUACGCUCCCAACUACUACGACCUCUCCAGCUUCCCAGAUGGCGAGGUGAAGCGCACAUUGCAGCGAGUUGCCAACAAACGGUCCCGCAAAGCGAUGGGCCCGGAGAGCGCUGCUUCGAACGGUAAGAGUGAUCGCCCAUUGAGGAGGAUGAAGAAAUAAUUUUGCUGUAGCUCGCUGGUAGCGAUCGU